UAAUGUUUAUGACAAGCAAUAGGUGUUAUGACAAUUUUUAUUAUAUAAUAACUAAAACAAAUAGAAUAGGAAAAGCUAAUACACAAACAUACAGAGCAAGCUUUGACUGGAGACCUUUUGUAUGAUAAAGAAAACAAAUAGAACACACAAAGAAUAAAGAACUACAUUCAUUACACGGGUAUCCAAAAAACAUAUUUUUAAAAUAUUAAAAUAUUUCAAAUUUAGAUCAGGUAAAGCAUUAGUGUGUGUAUGGGCUUGGGUCAGAGGGUUCAUGACGAGUUUCCCACGUCUUUUUAAAGCUGUAUGUUAAAUGCAUACGAAAGCAGAGCAGUCAUGUUUCAUCACUGCUGCCGGUGAUCCUGUCCGGCCGACCUCUCGCUCACUUCUGUCUCCUUUGCACUAGUUGGCAAACCUGCCAAGUAGGGAUCCACCGCUUGCCUGUCCGUGACUCGGAGCCCGCCUGUUUUUACUCGUAAUGCGCAAUCGACAACUAGCUGGGGUUUUUUCUGCCAUUAUUUCCAGCCGAUUUCCCCGGAAGUGCGGCCGUGUGCACACCGAUCAUUAACGGAAAUGUCAUUUGCGCCUAAAAAACAACAGAAAGACGCUGCUGGUGUGACUAACCUGUGACAAAGCUGAAAUGCUAAGCGAUGUAACACUCAGCGGGAUCGUAUGGUGUCUGUAAGAAUCUGAUUGAAAGCGUGUAUUUAACCCCUUCUGGGACGUUCGUAUUUAGGGUUUCUGAAAUUACACUGUUUUUUUUUUCGUGCAAAAUAAACGCGUUGUGCAAUUUUAUAUUUCUCUGUCAUUAUGGUUCUUUAAUUGACAGGCUUUCUGCCAGAGAGCUUCCAACUAGUAAUUACCACUUUGUACUUGUCGCACAAAUAUAAUCAUCCAGGGUGCAUGGGAUUUCUUGCCGUCUGUCUCGUUCCCGUCAGCAAAAAACAGACGAGGAGAGUUACGUUUUUAAUGGAAGGUUACGAAUGCGGAAGUUUUCUCAACUGAAAUGUGGAAUUGAAUUGCAUUUGAUUUUCAUAUUGAUUUCUAAUUUUUUGGUGGACAGAAGUGGUACAGUAUUCAAAACUAACAGCUGUUUUUCUGAAAAGUAACUCGUUUAAUUCUGUGAUGCAUCUCUUUGUCCUGUGUUUCUUAUCUCAGUCGAAUGCAAAGCUCAAGCUGGUGAGGAGUCUUGCAGUUUGUGAGGAGUCUUCAGGACCGUUUUCCACCGACGGUCCUCCGGAAACACAGGACAUCAUUCAGCUUCACAUCAGCUGUCCAUCUGACAAAGAGGAAGAGAAAUCCUCGAAAGACGAGUACGAGAAUGAAGAAAGGGAAAAGAAGGAUAAAACUCCACGCAAGAUGCUUUCGCGCGACUCCAGUCAGGAAUACACCGAUUCCACAGGGAUCGACGUGCACGAGUUCCUGGUGAACACACUAAAAAACAACCCCAGAGACAGAAUGAUGCUGCUCAAGCUGGAACAGGACAUCCUGGAUUUCAUUAAUGAUGAGAAGUCAGCCUCUAUAUUAAAUCAUCAAUAUUUGUUAAAUUGUACGGAUACAAAUAGCU